AUGGUGAUGGUGGCGAUUGUGGUGGCGACAGGGGCAGUGGUGAUGGCCCAGACGGAACAGCCCACGACCCAUUUACCCUUAAUCUAUUUACCAACCCAACUUAUAUAUCCAAUUAUCGACAAUCCAACAUUCAAUGCCAAGACCCAAAAUUCCCAAGUCUCAGUCUCAAAUUCAAUUCCAGGGCCUGCGGCUGCUCGUCGGACGAACCGUCGAAGUCUCGUCUCUGCAACUCCCGUCACCCCGCCAGGCGCCAGUCCCCCUCCGCCCGUCCUCUCCAUACGCUGUUCGCCUUCGCCUCCAACAACUUCUUGUCUAGUUGUCUCCUUUCUUCGGACCGGCCCUAGUGCCACGCCACUGCCACUGCCACUGCCACUGCCACUGCCUGCCUGCCUACCGAUAAAAGAACGGGUCAGGACAGAGAUGCCUAAGAGAAGUCAAGAAGCCAAGAGAGGAUCCUCAUCCCAUCAAAUGGAUCCAGAUGCCCCCAAAAUGGAUAUUAAGUCCAUCAUGAAAGAUAUAGAGUUUUUGGGGUCAUCACAUAUGACAUGGAAACAGAGGAAGGAUUUGGAAAACCGAAAGGUCAUUUCUCUUGGUGGAAAGCCUCAAAAAACGCAGAAAUUACCACUUAGUGUAGCGCGAGUGCAAAUGAAGAAACAAAAGGAAAGAGAGCAGAAAAUGCUUCAAGAGAAUGCAAUACUUGGAAGAUUUGGAGGGUAUCAUCAUACUAUUGGUACUAAAAAGGCGACCGAGAGGCGCUGUCAGGAGGAGAGAGUGCUGAAGUCGACUGAAGGUCAUUUCAGAAAUGGUGUCCUUGAUGUGAAAAGUUUAUUGAAACCUUCUGCACCUAGAGCCAACAGUGAGAGCAGCAGACAUGUUAUUGGCAAGGGGAAGAAAAAGAAGGGUGAUAAAAAGAGCCAUGGUAAGAGAAAGAAUGGUGGUAGGAAGCGGCACUAGACAUCUAUGAAGCAUGUUAAUCAAGGGGUCGUGUUUCUUACCUUCAAAUCAACAGAAAGACUCGUUCUCAAAGUGAGCUUGUCGGAUGAAAUUUAGUGCCAUCUUUCUAACUAGUAGAUGAGCGGCUUAUGAUUUUAGGAUUCACAUAUUAAGACUUGAUAAAGUUUUUAUAGUGGGCAUUGACUCGCUACAAAGUUGUAAACAUGGGCGAAGUUGUAACAUUUGAAGUUUUAUGGCUUCCUUGCUUUUUCCGUACCAGGUUUUCUAGUUGUAAACGUGAUAAACGAACUCAAUAAAGCUUCUUUUAUUCUCGUGCAGAAUCA